UCAUCACUGUUUCAUCACACCUGUGUCACACUAUAUUUAGAUUUACUGCAUUUAGGUUUCAUCACACCUGUGUCACACUAUAUCCAUCAAUUACAGUCAAUGCUGUGACUCUUGGACAAAGUGCCUUUCUAUACUGGUUUCCGUGUUUAUUUGGCUCCAAUUAUAAAUAUUUUGGCCUUUGAAUUGGACUACCUCAGAAAUUUGUGAUAAAUGUUUUGUUUCCUUAUAGAAUUUGUACUGAUUCUCAGAUGACCUGUAUAUUUUGUUCUUUAAAUUGUACUAAAGAAUUAUUUGUACCCUUAUGAGAUGUGCACCCAUACUGUGUACGCAUGUUUUAUUUAAAGCAUAUUAAGAAUGCAUAGCUAUAAUAUGUUUUAUAUUAGCUUGCUUGUUUCAAUUGACCUAUUGCGAAGAUCUGCAACAUUGCUUAUCAAUAUCUUUUGGUCAUGCGCACAAAACGUGUUCCGUUCGUGGCUAAGCGGCAUGUGAGGAGAAUCGUGAAGCCUGGAAAUCACAAGAUAAAUGGAAACCUUUAUUGACCUUUGCUCUUCUUUCGGGUAAUUAUGCUAACAGAGAUUAAAUGACGCCAUACAUACAUUAAAUGUGAAGUUUAUUCCGUAAAAAUAGUAGUCUGGUGCCGAUGUAAUUCACGCACGGGUAUAAACGUCGGAGAUGUCACUUGGUGGCAGUGGUCACACUUUUUUUUUUCUUUUAGUGUUCAAUUACCUUUUUAGAAUUGCGAUGUGAAAAUUCAUUCGUGCCGUUUCCAACUUCUCGGUUACGUCCAGUGUGCCUCUCUGGGUGGCGCCGUUGCUUCGCGCCGCGUCCCGACUCAAGGCCGACCGGGCCCGGCGCAGAAGGGCGUACCGCCUCAUCCAGCGUCAAUUAGUAAGACCGAUCUCGGCACCGGACAAGUACACGUUACCGAUGUUACGAUGUGAAACUGAUUGGAAGUGCGUCACACGCUGUUCCAAGAAACAAUCGCACCGAUUCCGUUGCCAGAUGCGUCGCCAAGUCGGAUGCAGGGGGUCUGCUGACAUGCCCACCUACAUUUACCCCCCUGAGCUCAAGCAGACGAUACGUGCGGCCUUUCCAGGGGACGUGCGUGAGUACGACGACCCACGGCACGAAAACGUGUUUAUGGUCACCAUGGAUGACCUGCAUGGAUCGGGUCCGUUUGAUCAAAGCUGAAGUUAGAUCUGCAGUAAUCUUUCCCUUUUCAGAUAGUUGUGUUUGUUAGCGACCUGUUACGUUUAAUUCAUGUCAGUCGUACAAAUGUUCAAUAAAGGGAAACUAUUGAAAAGCAGUUGGUCUGGGACGUUUGUUUCUUGUGCAGCCCGCGCUUGCUUGCUGACUACAAGGUCCACAAUCCUUCAGUUAAAGUAUCCGUGGGGUUGCUUUUCCUUGGCUGAGUGAUAAACGAGGAGGGUGGAAAAAUGAUUUGCAAUUUUAAAAACUGGUAAUUGCUGACUAAAUGGUUCUACUUCAGGUUUUAGGUAUGGUUUAGUUUGGAUUGUACGCCAGAGAAACCGACAGAGAAACCUGACCGCAGGAUAAUGGUUACAUGCGACACCAAGGAAACAAGCGCAAACACGCGGUUAACCGCGUCGCUGUCUGACUGCGAACGAAGAUUCAGAAACCGUCGGUGGUUAUUAAUACAGCUCAACAAAAUGCCGCCUGAGGGGAAAUCUGACAUGGAACGAGUGGGCCUUUUCAGAGAGAUGGGCUACGUGUCCGUAGGGGACAAAUAUACGCCCUUUAUUUACCGUCCAUUUCAUGAAUCUGCGCACAAGGAUAAGCAGAUGUUGGCCGAGGGAUCCAAGAGGAAGUCUGCGCUCCAGGCUGGUUACUUUGAAACUCAGUUCAAGAGAAUCUUUGAGAAAGAGGCACUGACCGACCGUAUCAAAAUCCAAAGGCAGUAUAAGAUCCAGCAAACCAAGAAGAAUCUAGGGAAGGCCUUUUUACCCAGCAAUGGAGAAAAGAAAUCAUCAGGAAUUGGCAACUACUAUGGGACACUAGGGGGCCCUGUCCAGGCAUUUAGUCCCCUGCAGGUUCCUAAGAAGCCCUACAAAGCUCCAGGCAAGAACAUGUACACCAGCCCACCCAAGAAAGGAAGCGGAUACGGCUUCCCAGGUGUCACCUUAUCCAAAAUAGAUUCAUAUUCUCCUGAUCCGUAUGACCGAGCAAGAGAGAUGCUAAAGCGUGAGGUAGCGGCUCACAAAUCAAAGUUGAAAGGCGGACCGUUUCACCUGAAUCUCCAUCCGAAGGAAUGCUUUGACAACAACCCGUACAAGCUCGAGAAACCUUUACCGGCCGCAAAGAAGGCCGAGGAGAAGAAGACGCGCUUUGCAGUGCCCUUCAAACCGAGCUCUCCCAGCAAAACGAUUGGAGGAAUGAAAGCCGGGACGUUCGAGCCCUACCCGCCGCACUCAGCCGACCCCUACGUCACCAGGAAGCCCAGUACGGCGACCACGAAUAAGGACGCGAAGAUCUUCCGCCCAUCGCCUGGCUCCAAGAGUACUCCAGUCAAGAGCAUAAUCUCUCUCAACGUGGACAAGCUUUUGAAUUGCACAAACUACAAUCAAAUCCAAUCUGUUAUGGCAUAUUAAGAGCGUCCGAUGCCUGGCAGGUGACCUGUUUAUAACACAUUAACAUGACUUUUUUAUUUUGGUGUGAAAUUAAACAAUAAUUGUGUAUA